GCGGGAGGGUGUGGGUGACUGGAGCCGGAAAAGGCCUCCCGGGCCUUGUGGUCGCCGUGGGUUCUUGGUAGCGAAGCAGCUCGCUCGUUCUGCGAUCUAUUGAGAGUGGCUUCCAAGAGCCCCGUGCCUAUGUCGGGGAGGGAGGGAAGAUGGCAGCCGUGGCGGCAGGCGGCCUGGUGGGGAAGGGGCGCGACAUCAGCCUAGCGGCCCUGCAGCGCCACGACCCCUAUAUCAACCGCAUCGUGGACGUGGCCAGCCAGGUGGCUCUGUACACCUUCGGCCAUCGGGCCAACGAGUGGGAGAAAACUGAUGUGGAAGGAACCUUAUUUGUUUAUACAAGGUCUGCUUCUCCAAAGCACGGAUUCACCAUUAUGAAUAGGCUGAGCAUGGAAAAUAGGACAGAACCUAUUACUAAAGACUUGGAUUUCCAACUCCAGGACCCUUUCCUUCUCUACAGAAAUGCCAGAUUGUCCAUCUAUGGAAUUUGGUUUUAUGAUAAGGAAGAAUGCCAAAGAAUUGCAGAGCUUAUGAAAAAUCUAACUCAGUAUGAACAGUUGAAAGCCCAUCAGGGAACUGGAGCAGGAAUUUCCCCGAUGAUCCUCAAUUCAGGAGAGGGCAAAGAAGUAGAUAUUUUACGAAUGCUCCUCAAGGCCAAAGACGAAUACACAAAGUGUAAAACCUGUUCUGAGCCAAAAAAGAUAACCAGUUCCUCUGCCAUCUAUGACAAUCCCAAUCUCAUCAAACCAAUUCCAGUGAAACCCAGUGAAAACCAGCAACAGCGUAUACCUCAGCCCAACCAGACCUUAGACCCUGAACCCCAACACUUAUCCUUGACAGCUCUGUUUAGGAAGCAGGACAAAGCUACAUGUCAGGAAACUGUGGAGCCUCCACAGAAUCUCCACCACCAGCAGCAGCAGCAGCAGCAGCAGCAAGAGAAGCUUCCAAUUAGGCAGGGGGUUGUACGCUCCCUGUCCUAUGAGGAACCCAAAAGACACUCACCCUCUAUCGAGAAGCAGCUCUGUCCAGCCAUUCAGAAACUCAUGGUCAGGAGCGCAGACCUCCACCCAUUGUCAGAGCUGCCUGAAAACCGGCCGUGUGAAAAUGGCAGUACCCCUUCUGUGCGAGAAGUUUUUACAGGACCCGUCCAGCCAGGGUCUCCUCACAACGGUGGGAUUUCUCGUGGUGUACAAAAUGCUUCGAGAACUCAGAACCUGUUCGAGAAACUUCAGAGUAUCCCAGGGACAGCAAACAAGUGUGACCCUAGUACACCAGCACCUGCUGGCUCAGCUGCCCUGAACCGCAGCAGAGCUCCCACUUCUGUCACCCCUGCAGCUCCAGGAAAGGGUCUGACUCAGCCACCACAGGCCUAUUUCAAUGGCUCCCUUCCACCUCACACAGUAGGACGUCAGGCUCAUGGAAGAGAACAGUCCACACUCCCAAGACAAACACUCCCCAUCUCUGGUAAUCAGACUGGCAGUUCUGGAGUGAUCUCCCCUCAAGAGCUACUGAAGAAGCUUCAGAUUGUGCAGCAGGAGCAGCAGCUGCAUGCCUCUAACCGGCCGGCCUUGGCCGCUAAGUUUCCUGUGCUCACUCAGAGCUCUGGAACAGGGAAACCCUUGGAAUCCUGGAUCAACAAGACAUCCAGCACAGAACAGCAGACUCCUCUUUUCCAGGUCAUCUCACCUCGGCGCAUCCCUGCUACAGCAGCUCCUUCUCUGCUCAUGUCCCCCAUGGUGUUCGCACAGCCCACUUCUGUCCCGCCAAAGGAAAGGGAGAGCGGCCCCUUGCCUGUGGGAGGCCAGGAGCCACCUGCUGCCACCACCAGCCUCCUCCUGCCCAUACAGGGCCCAGAGCCCUCCGUGAUCACCAGCAGCCCACUCACCAAGCUCCAGCUCCAGGAGGCACUGCUGUACCUCAUUCAGAAUUGAGUAAACAGCACAGAAAGGAAUAUCAGUUGCAGUACCUGAUGUGAAAAGGUGCCCGUGUUCUGAUGCAACAGAGGAACAAACCCAAGCCCAGCACGGUCAGACCUACCCUGCAGGCUUCAGUCGGGCCUUUCUAGGUCAACACCACAGUCAUCUGUUUUGAAAAAUAACAAAUUCUCCAUCCUUUACUGGAAUAAAUCAUUUCAAAAGGGACAGGCCCAAUUCAUUUAGACCAAAGACGAAGGCAGCCUUUAAAGGGCAGUUGGUGAUGGAGUGCUUAUUUCUUCUACACAGCAGAGCAGAUGAGAGUGUCUUUGUACAAAAGGACUUUCUCUAGUGAGUCCAAGAAACAGAUCAAAAAGGGUUAUCUAAGGCACCCAAAGUUAGAUUUCAUAAAUAAAUAGGCUUUUCUUCUUUCCACUCAGCCCAAAUUCUGAGAACAUCAUGGAUGCCACUCCUUAGGUGCCACUGGUUCCCAGGCAGCAGUUUUCAGCUAAUUGAAUCUCAGGUGGAGCCCUGAGAUUUCUGUUCAUAGAGGCAGCCUUAUCCAGUGCAGUGGGCUUCAACCUGGCGGAAGUUCCAGAAGCCGGAGCUGUCUGGUGUGGAGACAGAGCACCCAGCUGUGGAGUCACACAGACCCGCCUUCAGUUCCUGAACAAGCACAUCUCUGGGACGUGGUUUUCUCACUUAGAAAAUGAAAGACCCUCACAAGGUCCAUAUGAGGAUUAAAUGGGAGCAGCAUUUAAUCAAACGGCUCCUCUGUGCCAUGGCUGCGGUGUCGGGGGCCAUGCUCCAGUUGUCGGGAGAGGCCCGCAGCUGCUGGUCUGGCCUUCGUUUGCCGUCUACCAGGACCUGUGUGUUCAGUCUGGCAUUGGCACUUAGGGAUCUGUGGUCGCCUUGCUUUACCGUCUUCUCCCCUUCAUUUCCUUAUCACUGGAAUGAAAACAGUAACACUUCUCCCUUCCUUAUGAAGGAAAUGCCACAGCUCUUUCAGAGGUCCACAUACCCAGCAGGUACAGUUACUUGUAAUGUACCAUGUCGGUAUUGUUCUUGCCCCUGCCGUAUGGGUAAAGCACCACCUUAAUUGCAGGGUGGGAGAAGGCAGUGCUGUUUGACAGGAUUCGUACUUCCUGGAUCUUCUGAGAAGAAGCACUCUGCUCGGUCUCCCCCUUCAGAAGGCCAGGCAUAGUGGUAACUGCAGAGUGAGAGAAACCUUCGUUAGCGUCUUCUAGAACUGUCUGGUGUGCAUACCCAGCCCUGCUGAUACACAGAGCCCCCUUAAGGUACUGGCUGCUUCCAGCCCUUUUAAGGGGUCAACCCUGGGCCAACAAACAAAAACAAAACCAAAAAAAAAA